UCUAGCUCCGGUCAGAUGCUUGGCUCCCGCUGGGGACCAGAGAUCGAUGGGACAGAGUGUGUGCUACGCAUGAACCAGGCACCCACAGCGGGGUAUGAGGCAGAUGUGGGGCACCGAAGUACCUUACGCAUGGUGUCCCACACCAGUGUCCCCCUGCUGCUGCGAAACCAGUCCUACUUCUUCCAGCAAGCCAGGGACACUGUGUACGUGGUCUGGGGUCCUGGAAAGCGCAUGAACCGUGACCAGGGUGGCUCCACCUACCGAACCCUGCUGAAAGUCAAGGAGAUGUACCCUGGGGUGCAGCUCUACACCCUCACUGACCGCAUGAUGGCCUACUGUGAUGAGGUCUUCCAAAAUGAAACUGGCAAGAACCGGAUGAAGUCAGGCUCCUUCCUGAGCACAGGCUGGUUCACUAUGAUCCUGGCCAUGGAGCUGUGUGAUCACAUUGUAGUCUAUGGGAUGGUCAGUGACAGCUACUGCAGAAAGAAGAGCCCUCCCUCUGUGCCUUACCACUACUUUGAGAAGGGCAAAUUGGAUGAGUGCCACACUUACCUGGUCCAUGAGAAGGCACCGCGGGGUGCCCAUCGAUUCAUCACUGAGAAAGCUAUUUUCUCCCGCUGGGCCAAAAAGAAGUCUAUCGUCUUUACCCAUCCCUCCUGGCAGAGUGAGUAG